AUGUCUUCGGAGACAUGCUCCGAAGACCGCCUCAAGGUCAAGUCCAGGCGGUCGUCGUUGUUCGACAGUAGUCCUAGGCGCAAUAAUAAAAGAAGGUUGCAUUCCCGUCAUCGGUCAAGAAGUCGCGAGAAGACGCGGAAGGGCAGACAGGUCGUCUACAACAACGUGAUCAAGCUCUACAAUACCCCCAGUAGACAGCCAUUAGAAAUCAUUGACGAAUCUACAACAACCAAAACGCCCGAACAGUUUCCCUCCGCAGAAGACCCCACUUCUGCCAAAGCCAGCCGGGCCUCACCCUUGGUCGCGGCUGGCGCCUCCAUGACUGAUACCCCACAGUUCGGGGGGUCCUCGCCUCUCUCUCGGGCGAGACCCGCGCCUCUUUCCCACGACCGCAACGCGAUGCAAGCCAUUCAACACUACGCCCAACAACGUGCAAUGCCGGACCUCGAAAGCGCCUUAGCCAAUGGCCCCAACGGUGCUGGUGACCUUAACGGUGGUGGCCUUAACGGUGGUAACCUUGACGGUGGUAACCUUAACGGUGGUAACCCUAGCGGGGGUGGCCUUAACGGUGUUGGCCCUGCUGGAAGUGUGGCGGGUGUUUUUCCAGGCGAGGGAAGGUACACGGCCCCGGGAGAGACUACAGAGGGCCGUCGGUUCCCUGCGACGGUGUACCUACCGGGCCAACACCUCCGAAGCCACUCCGGACCCGUGAGGUUCCAUCCCGGCAUGGGUUCUACGGCUCCGGGUCUCAGGGCUGCUUUCGGGAUGAGCACCGUUCCGAGUGUGACCGCCUAUGACCGGGAGCAAGUGGAGGAGGAUUACCCGGGCGCCAUCCUUCGAACCUACGCACCGCCUACGCUCACGCCUGGCCCGGGGGCGCCACGGUCUACCAGUGUGUUCGUACCGUCGGCUACGGACACUGCUGCCAUGGGCAAUCACCACCAUGGCCCAGAAGGACCGGACCAGGGCAUUUUACGUGUUCACCCGAGCUUCGGAGAUUUGCCUUCGUCCGACCUUACUCCUGCCGACGUGGUGGCGUCUCCUGAGUUUCACCCGGCUGUUGGGCACCCGGUUGUCGGGCAACCGUCUGUUGGGCAAACGUCUGCUGGGCAACCGUCUGCUAGGCGCUCAGCUGAAAAGCCGCCAGCUGAAAAGCAGCCCGCUGGGAAGCAGCCGCACGAGAGACAGUCAGCCCCGAGUAGGAGCCACCACGUCAGCGGUUCUGCUCCAUCCGUUAGCACUGUACCGGCCUCUCUUAUGGCUAGUCUCCUGUCGUCUCACGCCAAUUCUUCCAAUUCACCUGCAAAGACGUCCAAUCUUCGCAAGCCUCCGAUCGUCCGGAUGGCGGCCAGCCAAGGACCGUUUACGCAAGCAACAGCUGAAAUGCGGAAUACAUACUCCAACCGGCAUCCGUUUGAGUCCUCCAAUUCCUUUGAUUCUUCCCACCCAUUCGACUGUUCCAACGUUUACCGAAUCGCCGGGAACGCACCGGUUGCAAAGACGCUGGACACGUCGAGCCGAAAGACAGAUGGACCCUUCGGGGUGUCGGCGACCGCGGCCCCCACGAUCCCGACCGCCUUCAAUUCUGUGAGUUCUUCGACUUUCAAUUCCUCCAAUUUCAGCUCAACCGACCCUUUAACUUACUCGAAAGACCCAAACUCGAAGCUGGUGUCCACGGGCGGGCCAGUGACCACCACGGGCGGGCCAGUGACCACCUCUUCCAGUCCCGCUCCUUCGGACGCAGCCAGAUCCUAUUCCCACACCACUCCUGCAGCGAUGCUGCCCGAGUCUGGUUCCCAAGUCUUCCGCAGCUCUGAUCCUGGCAUGUCCCAAAUUCGAGAUCCGAACAGAUCGACCCCAUUUAACCACAAGUACGUCGACCACAGGUACAUCGACCACAAGUAUGACGGCCCGAAGAAAAUUGACAUGACGACUGGUGGUGAUGGAUUCCUGAACUACCGAAGUAACCAGAGUUUUGUGCCGGAUCCCGAUAGGAGCAGGAGUGUCGUUCGGUCUUUUACUCCUUCUUUCGUUUCUAGGUCUAGCGACGCGGAGAAACUGAAGACGACUGACCCAAACUUCUUUGCAGACAAUAAGAUGCCUGGAGAGGCAGGACAGGGAACUGAACUGUGGGGGGAUGAUGGCAUGAGGGGACACUCACGAAGUGUAACAUUGACGACGCCUGGGUCGAUCGAGUUUGGUCAAUCUAAUGCCUCGUUUCCGAGUGGCUCGCUAUCGAGUGCGUCAAUGACAAAUUCAUCGUUUCCAGGUGCUCCAUAUCCAACCGGGACGUUUCCCAUGUCUUCCACGUCCUUGUUAAGGGCGGGUGGAGAGCAGAACCAUUUACAGAAUUUACUCGGUAGUGAUGACCGGCGGGCGAAGGGCGAAGACGCCUCGAGCAAGAUUUCUCAGGAGUGGCGAGGUGACCAACCCCCGAAAGCCAACUACCAUUUCCGAGCGGCCACACUAGCGCCGCCGACCUUCAGUUUUGGUGCAGCCGUCACGGGAAGGCCUCAGGGCGGUUCGCUGAGAUCUGCCGUAACGGCCAUACCACCAGAUCUUCAACGAUUCUCCUCUGGUCUCGCUUUAGGCUCUUAUCCGGGUCUCAAGGGAAAGGAUCACACCGGUCGUCCAGACGGCAUUGGAGAGGGCGUGCUCAAAAGCAGUACAGAGGGCUACAGACUGCAGCCUGAUAGGCUGCAACCGGGCAGCGGCAGCUCGACAUUAAGUAACCCCCUUGUGCCAGUCAGUUCUGUCUCCGCUAGUUCUGUCGCCGUUAGUUCUAGUUCUGCUACCGCUAGCUCUACCCCUGUUAUUUCAGCCCCCGUUAGUUCAGUCCCAGUAAGUUCAGUAUCCGGCAACUCCUUCGGAGCACCAGCUAGAGAAGGAAACCACCCCGCACCGUUUAGGUCCGCCACGUUGCCUGAAACCGAUCACGAGAGCAUCUUUACCGUUCCUUGGAAGCCGCUGCUGGUUAAUCCGUUAGGUGCAACAGACUGGAUUAAGAGCGUAAAGCAGCCGAACGUCGUUAAGUUGGAAGGCGUAGACAUUGCGCUGCGGGAACGCAGGAGACAGAAGAACGAAAGCGAGUUUUACGAGCAGACCAAGACCACCACGAGACACAUAAUACGAGGUUAA